AUGGAUCGAAAAGAAACAAUUUCUAAGGCAUUACAACGAUUGAAAAAAUCAAUGACUUGUCACUCGAGUGGUACUGAUCAAGAUCCUUCAAAAGUAUACAAUGAAUUAAUCAAAAUAGCAAAUAUUUUAAUUACUCAUUACAACGUUUAUGAUAUUUAUGAUAAAAAAAGAGAAUCGUUUCAAAAAAGAGUGAAAUGGGAAUAUCGAGUCAAAGAUACCAACGAAAUUCAUGGACCAUUCUCAACCAAUGACAUGAUCACAUGGAUGGAUCAUGGAUUGUUAACAAACGAUAAUGUACAAGUAAGAAUAUUCUGUGGUGAAAGUGAUGAUUUUUUAGAAUUAAAUUCAGUGGAUUUUACAAAAUAUGAAUAA